AUGUUCUCCAUUGCUGUCACUUUUCCUCCAAAAAUAACCUGGCUUGGAAGUUAUUGGUCCAAUGGGAAUUUGAUUCCCCGUAGAAAUUGGAGAAAAGGUAAUGCAAGGAGAGAAGAACAGCUGUGUUUCUGCUUGAGUAAUAAAUCCACUAACAGAUUCUGGUACGAAUUGUGGAGACAUAAAGAGAAUGAGUGUAUGUACUUUAAGUGUACCAGUUUCCUCACUCUCUCCUGGCAGAAGAUGCAGCACUUUUAGUGGUUCUGGAAUUCUGGGAUGUGUUCCUAGUAAUUCUGACACAGAUGAAGAUGUGGUAGAGGAAAAGAUGGUAGCAGAAGGAGUGAAUAAAGAGGCAAAACAGCCUGCUAAAAAGAAAAGAAAGAAGGGUUUGCGAAUUAAGGGGAAAAGGCGUCGGAAAAAACUGAUUCUUGCCAAAAAGUUUAGUAAGGAUUUGGGAUCUGGGAGGCCUGUUGCAGAUGCCCCAGCUUUGUUAGCUUCCAAUGACUCUGAGCAGGAUGAAGAAAGCCUUUUUGAGAGCAAUAUAGAAAAACAGAUCUAUCUACCCAGUACUAGAGCCAAGACCUCCAUUGUGUGGCACUUCUUUCAUGUUGACCCCCAGUACACCUGGCGGGCUAUUUGUAACCUCUGUGAGAAAAGUGUCAGCAGGGGUAAACCAGGUAGCCAUCUUGGUACAUCUACUCUUCAGCGACAUCUGCAAGCAAGGCAUUCACCUCAUUGGACCAGGGCCAACAAGUUUGGAGUCACUAGUGGAGAGGAGGACUUUACCUUGGAUGUGUCUUUAUCUCCCUCUUCUGGAAGCAAUGGAAGCUUUGAAUAUAUUCCUACUGAUCCAUUAGAUGAUAAUAGAAUGGGUAAGAAACGUGAUAAGUCGGCAUCUGAUGCCCUAAGGGCAGAAAGAGGGAGAUUUCUCAUCAAAAGUAACAUUGUCAAGCAUGCUUUAAUCCCUGGAACUAGAGCCAAGACAUCUGCAGUUUGGAAUUUUUUUUAUACUGAUCCUCAGCACAUCUCAAGAGCUGUGUGUAAUAUAUGUAAAAGAAGUGUGAGCCGGGGUAGGCCAGGGUCCCACUUAGGGACUUCAACACUUCAACGACACCUGCAAGCCACACAUCCUAUCCAUUGGGCUGUUGCCAACAAAGACAGUGGUGCUGUUGCAGAUGCACUGGAUGAAGCUGAGACCGAGAGAAGUGAUCUCUUGAGUGAUACCUUGCAUGGAGAAAAGUCUACGGGCAGCCAAGAUUUAACAGCUGAGGACCUUAGUGACUCUGAUUCAGAUGAAUCUCCUUUGUUAGAGGUUGAAAAUAGAUCUGAAAGUCCUAUUCCUGUUGCAGAGCAAAGCACUUUGAUGCGUGCGCAGGAGAGAGAAACAACACGUUGUGGAAAUCCAGUCUCAAGUCAAAUAAGUCAGGCAAUUAUCCAAAUGAUUGUGGAAGAUAUGCAUCCUUACAACUACUUCUCAACCCCAGCCUUUCAGAGGUUCAUGCAGAUUGUGGCCCCUGAUUAUAGGUUGCCAUCAGAGACUUACUUUUUCACUAAGGCUGUACCUCAGUUAUAUGAUUGUGUCAGAGAAAAAAUUUUCUUGACUUUAGAGAAUGUUCAAAGCCAAAAGAUCCACCUGACCGUUGACAUAUGGACCCAUGACCCAUCCACUGACUAUUUUAUUGUGACUGUACACUGGGUCUCUUUGGAAACUUCAUCUUUUCUCAAUAAUGGCAGGAUCCCCAAUUUUAGAAAGUGGGCAGUGCUUUGUGUUACAGGUUUGGCUAAAGACUGUUUGAUAACUAAUAUUUUACAAGAAUUAAAUGACCAGAUUGGUCUGUGGCUUUCUCCAAAUUUCCUUAUUCCUAGCUUCAUUGUUUCUGACAAUUCCUCUAAUGUGGUACAUGCAGUCAAAGAUGGUGGUUUUACCCAUGUGCCAUGCUUCCUGCAUUGUUUAAAUGUGGUCAUUCAGGACUUUUUUUGUGAGCAUAAAAGCAUUGAGAAUAUGUUAGUGGCUGCUAGGAAAACCUGCCAUCAUUUUAGUCAUUCGGUCAAGGCCCGUCAGAUACUGCAAGAGUUUCAAAAUGAUCACCAACUUCCCUGGAAGAAUUUGAAGCAGGAUGAAACUGGCCAUUGGAUUUCUACCUUUUAUAUGUUAAAAUGGCUCUUGGAGCAUUGCUACUCAGUUCACCAUAGUCUUGGUAGAGCCAGUGGAGUUGUGCUCACCUCCCUUCAGUGGACUCUAAUGACUUAUGUUUGUGAUAUUCUUAAGCCAUUUGAGGAGGCUAUCCAGAAAGUGAGUGUGAAGACCGCAGGAUUGAAUCAGGUGCUACCCCUAAUCCAUCAUCUUCUCCUUUCCCUGCAGAAACUCAGAGAAGAUUUUCAAGUCAGAGGUAUUACUCAGGCCCUCAAUCUGGUGGAUAGUUUAUCUCUGAAACUUGAAACGGAUACCCUACUAAGUGCCAUGCUUAAGUCCAAGCCCUGUAUCUUGGCUACUUUGUUAGAUCCUUGCUUUAAAAACAGUUUGGAAGACUUUUUUCCUCAAGGUGCUGAUUUAGAAACUUAUAAGCAGAUCCUUGCAGAAGAGGUUUGUAAUUAUAUGGAAUCUUCACCAGAGAUCUGCCAAAUUCCAACUUCAGAAGCUUCUUGUCCCUCAGUUACAGUAGGAGCUGAUUCAUUUACCUCGUCUCUAAAAGAAGGCACCUCCAAUUCAGGUUCCGUUGAUAGCUCAGCUGUAGACAGUGUUGCCCUUGGAAGCAAAAGCUUCAUGUUCCCUUCUGCUAUAGCAGUUGUGGAUGAGUACUUCAAAGAGAAGUAUUCAGAGCUCUCAGAAGGUGAUGACCCUUUAAUUUACUGGCAGAGGAAGAUAAGCAUAUGGCCAGCUUUGACCCAGGUUGCCAUCCAGUAUCUAAGUUGCCCCAUGUGUAGUUGGCAAUCUGAAUGUAUCUUUACUAAAAAUAGCCACUUUCAUCCAAAACAGAUCAUGAGUCUGGACUUUGACAAUAUAGAACAGCUGAUGUUUCUGAAAAUGAACUUGAAAAAUGUUAACUACGAUUAUUCUACAUUGGUUCGGAGCUGGGAUCCUGAGAAUGAAGUUGUUCAAAGCAAUGAAAAAGAAAUACUACCUUAGUUUCUUUUUCUCCAUUUAAAAUGGGCAACUUUUUGCUGUGUUACUGUAUCUUAAUAGCUAUAGUUGUUAAAUAUAAUCAUUACUGUUUAGAAACAAACACAUCUGGGGAAACCUGAAAUCACAAAAGGGCUGAAAAUUCCUCAGAGGCAAUAUAAUUUUGAUAAAAUGAAGAUUAAACUUAAAGAUUUCAUAGCUAUAACUCAAUGUAGCUAGCACUUGAAAAUUUUGCUUAUACCAAUGAAAGAGAAAAGAUUUUUAGUUUAAGAAAAUAUAGUGCAGCAUUGAGAGGCCUUCGGCUUUCUGCCUGGUAGAUUGAGCUUGUAAUUGGUUUUAAGUAAAGUUUUCCCCACCAUGGGAAAUUUUAUUGCUCUGAAAUCAGUGAAAUGAGAAAAAAAGUACACUCAGCUGGCAUUCCUCCUGCCCCUGUUUUUGUUUCCUUAAAAGCCCUGAUUCUUAAUUACAACUUGGCAAAAAGAAAACCCAUGAAAUUGUUUUAUAUUUGCAAAUUUCUAAUUGCUCCUCAUACUGGUCAGCUUUAUAAUUUCAAAUUGUUGAGUGUGAUAGUGUUACCCUUUAUAUUUAGAAUUGGAUCUUAUAUAAAAGGGAAAUAUUAGAAAACAAGUAGGAAAAUAUACUUUUAGUCUUUGAAAUGCCUGUUUUAAACCUUUAUAAAAUAAUAUAAAAAUAACAAGGAUUGUGUAGGUACUUUAAAAUAAUUUAUGGGUAAAAACAUACUAAAACAUUUGCAAGAAUUGGAAAGGAUUGAAUGGGAAUUGUAAUGAAAGCCCUUUGAACAUACUUGGAAGAAUCCAGUAGAUAUUUCCCAAAGAUCGUUUCUGUAAUUUUAGGUAAUCUUUUUAAAAGCAUACUUAAUGACCCAUAAUACUGUAUUAACUAUGCAGUUGUUUUGGCCAUUGAAUUCUCAAUGAAAACUAGCAGUCAAUAUUUUUAUGUGUUAGGAAUCAUUGGUGAGAUGAGUGAAUGGAUCUCAUUAUCUUUAAAAUCCCUUUCUACUCUGAAAGUAUGUUUCGAUGAUUGAGUAGGAGGCCAGAAAAUGAUGACUUUUAGUAAAAGUCUAUUAAAAGUUUCAGACUGAAUAACUAAUGUAAGAUCCCAAUUUUUCCUUUUUUUCAUUUUAGAUUUGGGGAUAUUCCCUGCCCAAAAAAUUCGUGGAAAAUUGACUAGUAUUAAGUGUGAGUAAAAGGUGUCCACUUUUUUUUAAGUUUUGAUUUUAGUUUUGUCUUGGAUAGUAUUUGGCAAGAUUUAGCCUAGAAAUUAUGUAGUAUUUAUUACAUAAGAAUCAAAAUUGCUUUGUUACUGGGCUGGUUUCAGAGUUUAGAACUCAUUUCUAUGUAUCAAAAUAGGAUUUUUUGUUUUUGUUUUUGAUUUUUUUUUUUUUUUUUUAAUUCUUAAAUGGUAAAUAUGCCAUUGUGAAA